AAUACAUUUUUCAAUGGACUGAAAGUGGGUCGUCUCUAAUAACCAAUUUUUUUUUUUAACAGUACUAACGUUUGAACUCAGGAUCUCAAGCUUGCUAGGCAGGCGCUGUCCCACUUGAGCCACCAGCCCUGCCAGCCCUGAAUUUUUAAUGAUACAGUUACUACAACAAUGUAGAACAUUCAGUGUUACUUGGACUAAACCUGGCUGUAAAGACGAUCGAAAAUAAAUACAAUGCAAGAUUUUGGAGUUGUAAGUGAGAAGAUGUGAUGGAUGCAGAAAAUGGGAAAAAAUCACUAGCAUAAAGAAAUCACUCAGCACCAGAGCACCUAAACCAGCUCCGCCCUUCCCCUUUGGCCCCUAGAAAGGGAAGUGAAGAAACCAGGCGACCGCUAAACUACUCCCAGGGUUCCGGUCUAGCGUCGCGAAGAGGCCGUAAAUCGUAGAACCCUGCUUAGUCCCUCCCACAGUGGGCGGUCUGACCAAUGGUGAUGGAAAAAGCUUUGGAAGGCACAGGCAAGGAGACAAGGAAGGCAUCCUCCAGGAAGCGUGCAGUAGCUGGGUCCCCAGCAGAGAGCCUCCUGCAGCCAGUGAAGCUCAGCCGAACUGAACUGUACAAGGAACCUACCAAUGAGGAGUUGAAUCGCCUUCGGGAGACGGAGAUCCUGUUCCACUCCAGCUUGCUUCGUUUACAGAUAGAGGAGCUACUGAAGGAAGUGCGACUGUCAGAGAAGAAAAAGGACCGGAUUGAUGCCUUCCUAAGGGAGGUCAACCAGCGGAUCAAGAGGGUGCCCUCAAUCCCUGAAACAGAGCUCACUGACCAGUCAUGGCUCCCAGCUGAGGUUCGAGUACCCCUUCACCAAGUGCCCUAUGCUGUGAAGGGUUCUUUCCGCUUCUUGCCUCCAACCCAGGUCACUAUUGUGGGCAGCUACCUUCUGGGCACCUGCAUCCGGCCAGACGUCAAUGUGGAUAUGGCACUAACCAUGCCCAGGGAAAUCUUACAGGAUAAAGAUGGGCUGAACCAGCGCUACUUCCGCAAGCGUGCCCUUUACCUGGCCCACUUGGCUCACCACUUGGCCCGAGACCCCCUCUUUGGCAGUGUUCGCUUCUCCUACAUCAAUGGCUGCCACCUGAAACCCAUUCUGCUGCUACGGCCACAUGGGAAGGAUGAGCAUCUGGUCACUGUACGUCUGCAUCCAUGCCCUCCUACUGAUUUUUUUCGUCCAUGCCGCUUGCUGCCCACUAAGAACAAUGUGCGCUCUGUCUGGUACCGAGGGCAGAGUCCUCCAGAGGGUGGUAGCCUAGAGCCUCCUACUCCCCACUACAACACCUGGAUCCUGCAGGAUACAGCUCUGGAGUCUCACGUGCAGUUGCUGUCAACUGUGCUGGGCUCUGCUCUGGGGCUGAAGGAUGGUGUGGCACUUCUGAAGGUCUGGCUGCGUCAGCGGGAGCUAGACAAGGGCCUGGGUGGGUUUAGUGGGUUCCUUAUCUCCAUGCUGGUUGCUUUCCUCGUGUCCACGCACAAGAUCCACACCACCAUGAGCAGCUACCAGGUCCUGAGAAGUGUCUUGCAGUUUCUGGCCACCACAGAUCUGACAGUCAACGGGAUCAGUUUAUGUCUCAGCUCAGAUCCCUCCUUGCUGGCUUUGGCUGACUUCCACCAGGCCUUCCCAGUUGUCUUCCUGGACUCCUCAGGCCGUCUCAACCUUUGUGCUGAUGUCACUGCCACCACUUACCACCAGGUUCAGCAUGAGGCACGGCUGUCUAUGGCAUUAUUGGACAGCAAAGCUGAUGAUGGAUUCCAGCUGCUGUUGAUGACUCCUAAACCCAUGAUCCAGGCUUUUGACCACAUCCUACAUCUCCGUCCACUGAGUCGCCUGCAAGCAGCAUGUCACCGGCUAAAGCUCUGGCCAGAGCUGCAAGACAAUGGUGGGGACUAUGUCUCAGCAGCUUUGGGCCCACUAACCACCCUCCUGGAGCAGGGCCUGGGGUCCCGGCUGCACCUGCUGGCUCACUCUCGGCUCCCAGUUCCAGAGUGGGACAUCAGCCAAGAUCCACCAAAGCACAAAGACUCUGGGGCACUAACCCUGGGAUUGCUCCUCCGGCCUGAGGGACUAACCAGUGUCCUAGAGCUCGGCCCAGAGGCGGACCAGCCUGAGGCUGCUGACUUCCGCCAGUUCUGGGGAUCCCGCUCAGAGCUUCGGCGUUUCCAAGAUGGAGCCAUUCGGGAAGCUGUCGUCUGGGAGGCAGCCUCUCUCUCACAGAAGCGCCUUAUUCCCCACCAGGUGGUCACCCACCUCUUGGCACUGCAUGCUGACAUCCCAGAUAUAUGUGUCCACUAUGUGGGUGGCUUCCUGGAUGCACUGAUCCAAGGCCUGAAAGAGACCUCCAGCACAGGUGAAGAGGCCCUGGCAGUAGCAGUUCGUUGCUACGAUGACCUCAGCCGCCUGCUGUGGGGACUGGAGGGUCUCCCACUAACUGUGUCUGCUGUUCAGGGAGCUCACCCAGUACUACGCUACACUGAGGUAUUCCCACCAACCCCAGUCCGACCAGCCUACUCCUUCUACCAGCACCUCCGGGAACGGGCCUCUCUGUUGCCUCGGCCUGAUAAGCCCUGCCCUGCCUAUGUGGAGCCCAUGACCAUGGUUUGUCACCUAGAAGGCAGUGGUCAGUGGCCUCAGGAUGCUGAGGCUAUACAGCGGAUCCGAGCUGCCUUCCAGCUGCGCCUGGCAGAGCUGUUGACUCAGCAGCAUAGUCUGCAGUGCCGGGCCACUGCCACACACACUGAUGUACUCAAGGAUGGGUUUGUGUUCCGGAUUCGAGUGGCCUAUCAGCGAGAGCCACAGAUCCUGAAAGAGGUGCAGAGCCCUGAAGGGAUGAUUUCACUCAGAGACACACCUGCCUCUCUCCGCCUUGAGAGAGAGACGAGGCUGUUACCCUUGCUCACCAGUGCCCUGCAUGGACUCCAGCAGCAGCACCCAGCCUUCUCGGGUGUGGCUCGCCUGGCCAAGCGGUGGGUACGUGCCCAGCUUCUGGGUGAGGGGUUCACUGAUGAGAGCCUGGACCUGGUAGCUGCUGCCCUCUUUCUGCAUCCUGAACCCUUCACUCCUCCCAGCUCUCCCCAGGUUGGCUUCCUUCGGUUCCUUUCCCUGGUAUCUACCUUUGAUUGGAAGAACAACCCCCUCAUUGUCAACCUUAACAGUGAGCUCACUGCGGAAGAGCAGGUGGAGAUUCGCAGUAACUUCCUAGCAUCUCGGACACGACUCCCAGUCAUGGUCAUCAUUACUCCCCAGGACCGCAGAAGCUCUGUGUGGACACAGGAUGGACCCUCAGCCCAGAUCCUUCAACAGCUUGUGAUCCUAGCAGCUAAGGCCCUGCCUAUCCUAGAGAAGCAGCUGAUGGAUCCCCGGGGGCCUGGGGACAUCAGGACAGUGUUCCGGCCACCCUUGGACAUAUAUGAUGUACUGAUCCACCUGUCUCCCCGCCACAUUCCUCGGCACCGCCAGGCUGUGGACGCUCCAGCUGCCUCCUUCUUCCGUGGCCUGCUCAAUGAUCCAGGGCCCUCAUCCCUGAUGCCAGUACUGGGCUAUGAUCCUCCUCAGUUCUAUCUGACCCAGCUCAGGGAGGCUUUUGGGGAUCUGGCCCUUUUCUUCUAUGACCAGCAUGGUGGAGAGGUGAUCGGUGUCCUGUGGAAGCCCACCAGUUUCCAGCCCCAGCCUUUCAAGGCUUCCAGCACAAAGGGGCGCAUGGUGGUGUCUCAAGGUGGAGAACUAGUGAUGGUUCCCAAUGUAGAAGCAAUCUUGGAAGACUUUGCUGUGUUGGGUGAAGGCCUUGUUCAGGCUGUGGAGGCCCAAAGUGAAAGGUGGACUGUGUGAUCCCAGCCCUGGAGUAAGCAGUAGACAGAGGUCUUUGGGGCUCUGAAGCAAGAUGUUGAUGGGGUGGCCGUUCUUAUUGUAUAUGGACCCUCCAUGGAUGGCCUGCUGACUAACUCAUCCCCACAGAAAGCCUUGCACCAAUUUCUGUCUGAUGCUCCCACACUAAGACAACCACAUGAAUUCCCAGGAGAAGAUUGAGGAGUAGGAGCUGGCUCAGAAGGAAAUGAACCCAUCUGCCAUCAGCCCUUGGUCUGGACCUUUUUUUUUUUUUUUUUUCCUCUCCUCUCUUAGACUUCUAGAAGCAAUUAGAAAAGAGGAUGUAUGCCUGUGGUGGAGACCGUGUCCCCUCCCACUGGCAGGAUGUGUACCAAGAUCUUAAUAUGCCCUUACUGCAACUUCAGACCUUUAGCAGAGACCCAAAGAAGGUGUGGCUCUGCCUGAGGGUCCCAGCACCAGAACUCAAGUGGAAAGGGGACUGUGUAUGAAUAGAUCACAUUGAAGAGGCACAAUACCCUCUGUGUUGGUGCUGCUACCUCCCAGGGUGAGAACAGUGGAAAAGGACAGAGGCAGGAAGGGGCUGGUGGAUGAAAGGGUCAGGGGCACUGGUGAUUCCCCCAGUCCAGGAGAAAUAAAGAAAGUGUGCUUCCCCUGGCCUUUCAGUGUGAGCUCUGUGCAGUUGCACAUUCAUGACACAAACUGCCCUGCCCCACACCCACAGUGGGGUUGCAGAAAUGAGCAAGACCCAAGUCCUGUUCUCCAGGGAGGGAGGAUGCUGUUUCUUCAGUCUAGUUCACACUUCCUUUCCGGCAGCUGCUCCCUGCUUCUCUGUCUCCCUUAAUCCUGGCUGUUACAGACAUAGAUCAAAUAGUGCCCCUCCUAGGCUCUGCCCUCACCUCCAGCCAAAGAUACUUUUCACUCCUGUGAACUGUGAAAUCAAUUACUCCUGUGAAGUUCAUUUGGUAGGCAUAAUAGUGUGAACCCUUCUGUUGUCUUGAACUCUGAUUUACAAUUAAACUGCCUAAU